AUGGUCAAGGCAGUCUGCGUUCUCCGCGGCGAUGCAAAUGUCGGCGGCACCGUCAUCUUCGAGCAGGAGUCCGAGUCUGCGCCCACCACGAUCACCUACAACAUCACGGGCAACGACGCCAAUGCCGAGCGUGGCUUCCACAUCCACACCUUUGGCGACAACACCAACGGCUGCACCUCGGCCGGCCCUCACUUCAACCCCUUCAACCAGCAACACGGCGCUCCCAAUGCCGACGUUCGCCAUGUCGGCGACAUGGGCAAUGUCAAGACUGAUGGCAACGGCGUCGCCAGUGGCACCCUGAAAGACCCGCAGAUCAAGCUCAUUGGCCCUCACAGCGUCGUUGGCCGCACCGUCGUCAUCCAUGACGGUACCGACGACCUCGGCAAGGGAGGCCACGAGCAGUCUCUUGCGACUGGCAAUGCCGGCGGUCGGCCCGCUUGCGGUGUCAUUGGCAUUUCCGGCUAA